UAUAAAUUUGGUUGUGCAUUCUAAUAUAAAGAAUCAUAAUCCCUGCUAAAUUCUCAAUCCAUUUAAAUUGAUUGGGCCGUUCUCCAAACCAAUCUGCAAUCUCCCACCAAUCAGCUCCAAUGGCCAGCUCCAAUGUCUCGGACUGGGAUGAGCCGCUGCCCACGUCGACGGAGUCGCUGCCCGAGGAGGAGGAUCCGGAUGUGUGCGCCGAGGAGAACGUGAAGAGGCGGCAGGAGGAGAACCUGGCCAAGCUGCAGUCGUAUGUGCGGCGCAUGGCCUACCAGCCGGCCAUGCCGCCCAAGGUGAAGCCCUACGACGUGGCCCUGGCCAAGCCCAAGCUGCACACGCUCAUCGACAACUACGAGCAGUUCAAGCAGGUCUACGAUCCCAAGCUGCGGGCCAGGCGGAUCAAGAGGAUGCUGGGCAAAUACAAUGCCAUCACCACAGAACAGCUGGAGGAGAUCCUCAAGAGCAACAAGAGCAAGGAGCGCAAGAAGGAGGACUUCCUGAAGCGCAAGCAGGAACUGUACUACAACAUGCUGACCAAGCUGGAGCGCCAGUGCCGCACCCAGUACCUGAACGUGCUCAUCAAGAAGUUCGCCAAGUUCAUUGCCCAUCUGGCCACCACGAUGCGGAUACCGCCGCAACUGGUUGAUCCCUAUGCCCGCAUGCAGCGCGGCAUCUUCUGCAACAUCCUGCUGGCCAUUGGGGUGCAGCCCACCUCGCAGUCGGCCAUCUACUACACCAGCCAGGAUGCCAUCGAGUACGAUGUGUGCCACCGGCUGGCCCACGCCCUCCUCUCGCUGAUCAUCAAGGCGCUGGACUCGGCCGCCACCCGCGAUCCCAACGAGCCGUGCAAGCCGGCCGACCUGGACUUCGAGAUGGACAACCACAUCAAGCGGCGGCUCAUGUGCGCCGCCGAGAAGAAGCUGGUGCACGAGCGGCGUCGCAAGAAGCCGCAGGCGCAGGCCAUUGGCGCCUUCGAGAAGUGCACCCGCUACGAUUGUGACUAGGCGUUGGAUUCGGACGGCUCUUCUAGUAUAAUUUGUUAGCCUUUGCAUCACUCACAAUAAUUGUUCAACUAUUUA